AUGCCUACGAUUCUGGCAGAGAAAGAAAGCCUUGAGGAAUAUCUUGAGAUGGAGAUUGAUGAUGAGAGUUUUGAGAAGAUUCUGUUUGAGUAUGGGCUGGAGAUGGACGGGGUUGUCAAGGAGGACGGACGGAUUAUGUACAGGAUUGAGGUUCCGGCCAAUAGAUAUGACUUGCUAUGCUCAGAAGGACUGUGCCAGGCACUUAAGGUAUUUUUUUCGAAGUGUGUGUAUGAGCCAAUCAAUAUAUUAGCAGGACAACUGAGAGUGGAGAAUGAAGGAGGAUGCGAAAGACCAUGGAUAGCAUGCGCAGUAAUACGAGGCAUUGACUUUGGAAACGAGAGGAUAUACAGAAGUUUUAUUGAGUUCCAGGAGAAGCUUCAUCUGACGAUUGGUAGGAAUAGGAAGCUAGCAUCUGUUGGAACCCAUGAUUUUGAUAAACUGGAAGGUCAGAUUGUGUAUAAGAGUAUAAUGCCUGAGAAUAUUGUGUUUACACCACUGAAUGGAGACAAGGAGAUUCGAGGAGAUGAGAUGGAAGAGUACUUUGGACAAGGGAGCAAGAUUGGCAAGUAUUUGAAGUUAAUUGAGAGUAACGACAAGUAUGUAUGUUUUGAGGAUGCAAAAGGAGUGAUGUCUGUGCCGCCAAUAAUCAAUAGUGAAAGAAGUAAGAUAGAUGAAAAGACAAAGAAUGUGUUUGUGGAAGUGACAGGGGCUGAUUUCAACAGAGUUAACACAAUGCUCAGGUUGAUUAUAGGUGCAUUUAGAGGGGAGAGUGUUGAAAGUGUUGAGAUUGUAGGCAGAGAAACGACGAUUAGGACACCAGUUGAAUUUAAUAGAGUGCAUAAGCUCAUGCUUGAAGAGAUAAACAAAGGGCUUGGCCUGAAUCUAACUGUAGAGCAAUCUAAAGAAUGUUUGGAGAGGAUGAUGCAUCGUGUGAGAGUUAUUGAUGAGGGAAGCCUUGAGGUGAGUGUGGAUGACAUGCGAUCUGAUGUUCUUCACAAGUGUGAUCUGCUUGAGGAUGUUGCAAUUGCAUAUGGAUUCAAUAAUUUUGAAAGGAAGUUUCCGCUUACACAUUGCAUAGGGCGUGAGGAUGCGUUGAAUAAGUUUUGCGACAAGCUUAGGCUUGAGUUUGCAUCGAUGGGGUUUGAUGAGUGUCUGACAUUGAGUUUAUUGUCUAAUAAAGAGAAUAUGAUAGAGAGGGAACGAGCUGUGGCAGUAAAGAAUCCCAAGUCUUUUGGGUAUGAAGAGGUCCGUACAUCACUUAUUCCUGGGCUGAUGAAGGUUAUUGCGUCGAAUCUACAUGUAAAGAUUCCUUUCAAAGUUUUUGAGGUUUCUGAUGUUGUUUUUAUGAACAAUGCAUGGGAGUGUGGAGCAAGGAAUGGUAGAAUGCUUGCAGCAAUGUAUUCUGGAGGGCGAGCCGGGCUUGAAGAGGUUCAAGGACCGCUUUCACUUAUUUUAGAAAAGUGUGGAGUUAACAAGUAUGUGUAUUGUGCAUAUGAGGAUGAUACAAGGUAUCUAAAGAAUCAAGCCGCACAGGUGAUUGUAAACGGUGAACUGAUUGGGACUGUUGGUGUCUGUAAGCCUGAACUAUGUGAGCUUUUCAAAAUUCCUUAUGCAAUCUCAUGUUUUGAAGUUGAUGCAGAAAAGUUAUUUUUGAUGUUUAUCAAGAGGAUGUCUUGA